AUGAAUGCACCUUCGCUCAAACUAGUACUGCUGCUGUUGUUCAGUAUUGUUACAAUUUGUGCCGCGUCUUAUGGCGAUCAACAAUAUGUAUACAGACACUGUGUUGCCGAUUGCGCUUCUCGAACUGACAUUUCGGAACUCCCUUUUUAUCUACGUCUAUUACGCUGGAAUGUUCAGCAAAAUUGUGGCUACCAUUGUAUGCAUCAAAUAACGCAACGAGCUAUUCAAGAAAACACAAAUAUUUACCAGUACCACGGUAAAUGGCCUUUCUAUCGCCUAUAUGGUAUUCAGGAGCCAGCUUCAGUUCUUUUCUCUAUUUUAAACGGACUCAUGCAUUUGCGUUAUUUCCAAAUUAUUAGACGACAAGUUAAUGAGCUUUACCAACCUUUGAAAACUUACUAUUUGAUUACUUCUAUCAUCGGCAUGAAUGCUUGGCUUUGGAGUACUGUGUUCCAUACCAGAGAUACCCCUUUCACGGAGAAGAUGGAUUACUUUAGCGCAGGAUUGUACAUUUUUUAUGGGUUGUGUGUUGCUGUCAUUCGAAUCUUUGGUUUGCAGCGACGAAAAAGAGCAACAAUGUUGAUAUCAGGAUGGACAGCUGUUUGUGCGGUUCUCUAUAUAGCUCACGUUACUUAUCUGUCAUCGCGAUCAAGGUUUGAUUAUGGGUAUAACAUGAAGGCCUGUAUAGCAGUGGGAUCUUUACAAACAACUCUAUGGUUGAAUUGGUCUAUUUUACAAUACACGCGAUGGGGGAAGAAGGAACAAAGACCAUUUGCUUGGAUGGCAGGUUUAUCUGUCGUACUGGUCAGCUGCGCUAUGUGCUUAGAAGUCUUUGAUUUUCCACCGUACAAAGGCGUCUUAGACGCACAUUCUUUAUGGCACGCCUCUACUAUCCCGUUAGCACCUUUAUUCUAUAAAUUUUUGUUAAAAGACGCAGAAUUGGACUCUUUAUCGAAGGUGGACAUAAGCAAGAAAAGAAGAUUAUCUUAA